AUGGGAGCCCAACUCUCGACGCAUGACGCUGCCGAUAAGGCCCUUGUCGAUCGCCUCGAAGGUCUUCAGGUCCGCAGCACAUCCAACGACUUUGUCCAUGUAUCAAAAGAUGAGUCGCAGAGCGAGAAGCAGGCUCUUUCCAGACUUAUCCAUCGCGAACCAGAGGGUAUCUCAGUCAAGCUUGUAGAAGACUGGCAGAGCACCUUUCUCAAGGACCCCAAGAACAGGUUGGCCCUUUCUGCCCUCAGCAAUGCCGACCCGCGUACCGUCCUGACGUCUACACCCGCCACGCUGUCUGACCCUCAAAUAUUCAACGUCCGCAUCCCCCUCGAGGGAACGCCGAUAACAAACCAGCGCUCUUCCGGCCGCUGUUGGCUCUUCGCCUCCACGAAUGUUUUCCGUGUUGCCCUCGCCCGCCGCUACAACCUUGCGGGCUUCGAACUCUCGCAGUCCUACCUUUUUUUCUGGGACAAGCUCGAGAAGGCCAACUGGUUCCUCGAGCAGGCCAUUGCCACGGCUGGCGAUCAUGACCUCGACUCUCGACUCGUGCAGCACCUUCUCGGUGACCUCAUUUCAGAUGGCGGGCAGUGGGACAUGGUCUACAACCUCGUCGACAAGUAUGGCCUCGUGCCCCAGUCUUUGUACCCGGACUCGUGGAAUGCCCAGAACUCGGGUGUCCUCAACUCCGUGCUCAAGACAAAGUUGCGCGAGUAUGCCCUCACCCUCCGCUCUCUUGUCAACGAGCAGAGCGCUACUGCUCAAAGCGUCAAGGACGCCAAGUCCAAGAUGCUCCAGUCCAUCCUGGGAGUCUUGACCCUGACACUUGGCGCGCCGCCACACCCGCACGAGGCCUUCGUUUGGACUUACGAAGACAAGGACGGCAAGGCCCAUGAGCUGACAUCGACCCCGCGCGCCUUUGCCCGCGACAUCUCCUCGAGUCAGUGCCGCGUCUCGAGCGCCACCAUUGCAGGCAUGGUCUCGCUCGUACACGACCCGCGUCACGAUCCCUUGACCCUCUUGACCGUCGACCGCCUCGGCAACAUUGUGGGCGGCCGCCCAGUCACCUACGUCAACGUCUCUAUUUCCGCCCUCAAGGCAGCCUGCGUGCGCCAGCUCCGCGCCGGCCUCCCCAUCUUCUUCGGCUCUGAUGUGGGCAAAUUCAGCUCCUCACGCUCCGGUGUCAUGGAUCUCAACCUCGUCGACUACGAAGUCGGCUUCGAUGUGAGUCUGCUCGCAAUGUCCAAGGCCGAUCGCCUGCGCACGGGCGAGUCACAGAUGACCCACGCCAUGGUCUUGACGGCCGUCCACAUCGAUGACAAGACGGGCCGCAGCGUCCGUUGGCGCGUCCAAAACAGCUGGGGCGAGGCCGCCGGCGACAAGGGCUGGUUCGUUAUGAGCGACGCCUGGAUGGACGAGUUUGUCUACCAGGCCGUCAUCGAUCCCCGCUUCCUUGACAAAGAAACAAAGGACGUCCUCAAGCAGGAGCCGAUCGUGUUGCCACUGUGGGAUCCCAUGGGCAGCUUGGCAUGA